GAGUAACUAAUAUUAUUCGCUCUUCGAACUUGCUCCUGUGCAUUCGACGUACGAAAAUCUGCGAGAAAACUAACCAUGCCACCAAAGGCUAGCGGCAAAGCGGUGAAAAAGGCCGGAAAGGCUCAGAAGAACAUCAGUAAAACCGACAAGAAAAAAAAGAGGAAGAGGAAGGAGAGCUAUGCGAUCUACAUCUAUAAGGUGUUGAAGCAGGUCCAUCCCGACACUGGAAUCUCUAGCAAAGCUAUGAGCAUCAUGAAUAGCUUUGUUAACGAUGUCUUCGAGCGCAUCGCUGCUGAAGCAUCGCGAUUGGCUCAUUACAACAAGCGCUCCACAAUUACGUCUCGGGAAAUUCAGACUGCUGUGAGGCUUCUUCUUCCCGGCGAGUUAGCCAAGCACGCCGUUAGUGAAGGAACUAAGGCCGUCACCAAAUACACAAGCUCAAAGUGAAUUGCUAUAACGAAACGGCCCUUUUCAGGGCCACU